AUGAACGGACCUUUAGUUCUCCUUAUGUGGAUGGUCUUAGUUUUGGUUAUAAGCGGAGUCGCGAGGGCUCAGGUCUCUACUGCCAAAGUCUUGAGGGGCAACAUCAGAAGAGACGACUUGUACCGCAAAGAGGAAAACAUCACGGUAACGCCGUCGGGUGGAGUCAUCCACAGCCCACGCUACCCCAACGCUUACCCCCGCAACCUGCUGUUGUCAUGGAAACUGCUGUCACCGCCAGGAAGCCAAAUACACCUGGAGUUUGACGGACACUUUGGCCUGGAGGAGGCUGAGAACGGAGCGUGCAGGUAUGACUUUGUUGAAGUGGAGGACCAAUCGGAGACCAGCACUAUAAUUUGGGGUCGCUGGUGUGGGCAGAAAGCACCGCCUAGUCUCAACUCUAAAACCAACACACUCAGAGUCACCUUCAAGUCUGAUGAUUACUUUGUUGCAAAGCCGGGAUUCAAAAUCUACUACUCGCUGCUGGACAGCGGUGGCUCGCAGGUGUCCGUAGCCGCCACACAGGUUCCUUUCUCCUUGGAGGAUUUAGACCGGACCAUAGCUGCCUUUGACACUAUAGAACAACUUCUCAGAUCGCUGAACCCAGAGACCUGGAGACAAGACUUGGACAGCAUCUACACUCAAACUCACAUACAUUAUAGAUCCAGGGCCUAUCAUCUGGCAAGCAGGCAUAAUAAAGUUGAUCUGAACCGUCUCUAUGAAGACGUCAAGCGCUACAGUUGUACCCCUCGCAACUACUCCGUGAACCUACGGGAGGAGCUGAGAGCCACCAACGCUGUCUUCUUCCCUCGAUGUCUGCUGGUCAAACGCUGCGGAGGCAACUGUGGCUGCGGGACCGAUAACUGGAACAACGGCUGCUCCUGUCAGGCUGCCAAAACGACACAAAAACUACAUGAGGUGCUGAAGUACGCCCCAGAGGUCACUCACUCACGCCACAGGAGGCCACGGGUGCGCUGGGUCAUAGAUGAGAUCUUCCUCACACACCAUGAAACGUGUGAGUGUGCGUGUCCCUCUCAGCCGCCUCGCUGA